AUGAUUAAUUCUAGCAAGAAAUUAUCAAAAUAACAAGAAUAACCUUGGUAGAUAGUAAAUGCUUAUAAACUGUGUAUUCUCUUGGUAAUAUAGAGGAUGGAAAAUUUUACAUCUUACAUGUAAUCCUUCAUAUUUAAGAAUAAGACAUGGAAUUAUAAAUUAGAUCAUUAUGCGGCAGCUUGAUAUGGAAAGGGAGUAAAACAUACAAAUCCUGA